UCAAUUUUCGGUUAACCCUUCUGACCCAAACUUUAUCUUCAACAACUCCAGACCUACUCUCUCUCUCUCUGUCUCUGUGACUCUCUCUUUCUUUCUCUCUCUGUCUCUGCAAAAAUUUUAAAUCAGAAUCCAGAAGCUAUUACAGAGACAGAGACAGAGAGAAGACUCUCAGAGAGGGGAAGAAAGAGGCCAUGGAAAGGCUUCUAUCCUCUUCAUCUCCAAUCCCUUUGAAAUUCCAUCAUCUCAAGCCCUCCCCCUUUCUUCCUCGACUCGGCCGUAUUGACUCAGCAAGACUCAAUUUCGCUUCCUCAUCUCGCCCCGAUCUCAGGCGCCUCGGCUCGUUGUCCUGCAAACAUGGAAACCCAUCUAAGUCUUCUUCUUCUUCUUCUUCUUCUUCUCCCUCAUCGUUGUCGACGCCAUCGAAUAGUUUACCGUCUCUUUCAUCUUCCCCAACCUCCUUGGCAAAUGGGUCGGUGCCCAAACCAGAGUCUAUCAAGCAGAUCCCAAUUGGGGUUCCUGACCAACGCAAGGCCAUUUCAGUUGGAACAUAUGUUGUGAUUUCUGCUCUUAUUAUGAUUUUAGUCCAGCCAGUUUUUGCACCAGCAGCUUUUGCUUCCUUCCAAACUGCAGCAAAGACCGGUGCUCCUGCUGCUGCUGCAGUAGGAAGAAGACUGAUCCGGACUGAAUUAUUAAGUAGUGCUUGGACAGGUUUUUUAGCUGGUUGCUUACACACAUUAUCUGGGCCAGACCACCUUGCUGCCUUGGCUCCGCUUUCAAUUGGUCGUACCCGCAUGGAAAGUGCUGCUGUUGGAGCCCUUUGGGGCUGUGGCCAUGAUGCUGGUCAGGUUAUUUUUGGCCUAAUAUUUUUAGUACUUAAGGAUCGGCUUCAUAUUGAAGUUAUCCGCACUUGGGGCACAAGAGUUGUGGGCCUCACUUUGCUUGCUAUUGGUGCAAUGGGCAUUAGAGAAGCUUCAGAAGUCCCCACCCCAUGUGUUGCCUUGGAGAAUGGUGAGUGCGAUGUUAGUGUAUAUGAAACACUUGAAGCCCCUCAAGUUGGGAAAAAGAAGAUUGGUUUUGCAACUUUCGCCACUGGUAUUAUCCAUGGUCUGCAGCCGGAUGCCCUGAUGAUGGUCUUGCCUGCACUUGCUUUGCCUUCUCGCUUGGCUGGUGCUGCAUUUCUUAUUAUGUUCUUAGUUGGAACAGUAAUUGCAAUGGGAGGCUAUACAGUAUUUAUAGGUUCAUGUAGUCAGGCAUUAAAGGAUCGGAUACCUAGAAUAACGGAGAAACUGACUUGGGCUUCUUCCCUUGUAGCAAUUGCUCUUGGAUUUGCCAUUAUCAUUAGCCAGUUCUUUGGGUAUAGCCUGUAUUGAUUUUUAUCAACCGGUUUCAAGGUUCACAUUUUGCAAGCUUCUCCUGCAGUGUUAUAAAAAGUACUUAGUAAGGACCAUUCAAAUUGUUUACAGAAAAAAUUCGUCAGCGCAGCAUCUUUUCUCAGCGAGAUUAAUCAGCUUUGCUUUCUUAUUUUUCUUUUCAAAGCUUUUAGAGUUUUAAUAUAGAGAGGAAGCCUACUGCGUUUGUAAUUCUUUUAUGGUAGAGAUCAGAUUGGCUUAGUGCCUUUACUUUUAUGUUGUUUGGUUUUUAUAUUUGAUCAUGAAAUUAUGCAAUUAACCGUGAUGCAGUCAAA